AUGGCGGCCGCGCCGCCUUCGCGAUACACUAGGCUGACCGUCGAAAUCGAACACUGCGUCGAUUGUGAAGACCAUCUCCACUGCACUCAUCACGACGGUCGCAAGUACGAAGAAUACGCGAAACGAGUUCAAGAGUCAAUUUCGCAUGCAGUCGACGAGCAGCUCGUUCUCCUGGUCAACCCGCCACCGGAUCUGGGGAGGCGCGGCGACCUCCGUUGCCAGGAGGACCGUUUCUGCAACCAUUUCUAUGUGAUUCGAGACAUUAAGGGAAUGAUCGUCAGGAAGUUCCGCUAUCCGGAACUCGGGGCCUUCGAGGUGUAUCUGCACAACCCGUUUACAAAUCAGAAACUGACGCAAUCCCCCCUAUCGCCGGCCGAGGGUCCUGCGGUCGUGUCGCCACUCUCGAGUCCGCAAGGAGAGAGCGGAGCGGCUGCGACAGAGGCAGGAAGCGGCGCAGAAGGACUCCAGAAAGAGGACAAGAAGUCGGAGUCCGCGACGUCGUCCUUCGAUGGGGGCGAAGAGAAGAAGAAGACGAAGAAAAAGAAGAAGGGUGACUCGAAGGCAGAGCGCUACACGGAUCUGACGGCCAACGUUGACGACUCUGAGGCCCCGAUGGAGAAGAAAAAGAAGAAAAAGAAGAAGAAUGGGGAAAGCGACAGCGCGGAUGCCGUGGAAGGCGCACCGCUUGAGACUGGAAGAGAGAAGGAGAAGAAGAAAGCCGAGCAUCGGUUCGAGGCUGAAGCAAUCGAGAGCGAGGGAGGAAAAAAGAAGAAAAAAGACUGUCCACCGGCCUCAGCGCCCGGUAGCGAAGCCGACGAUGGACAACAGACGGAAGACGCGCAGGAGCGGCUGGGGAAAAGUGUCUCAGAAGAGGAACGCAAGAAGAACAAGGGUGAAAAGAAGGAGAAAAGCGAGAAGAAGGAGAAAAGCGAGAAGAAGGAGAAAAGCGAGAAGAAAGAGAAGAGCGAGAAGAAAGAGAAGAGCGAGAAGAAGGAGAAGAGCGAGAAGAAGGAGAAGAGCGAGAAGAAAGAGAAGAGCGAGAAGAAAGAGAAGAGCGAGAAGAAGAAGGACGGAGCGAACUCUGAGCUGUCAGCAGGGAGUGAGGGCGAGGACGCCAGGAAGAAGAAAAAGAAGAAAGAGGCUUCUCGAGGCACUUCGUUGUCGGGCAGUGAUGAUGGAAGAAAGAAGAAAAGUGGAGAGAAGUCGUGA